GGUAGUGCUGGCCUUGCUCGUGGAGCAAAGGCCUGGAGGGUGGCGGCGUCCACGGGCCCCUCCCGAGCAGUCGUCUUGGGGGUCGUAUCCCCGUUCUGCCGCCCCGCUCCCCCCCCGCUCCCCCAGAUACACACACACAGAUGAAAGCCACGAGUCCCCCCCCUCUCUGCACGGGGUGGAGGAAGCUGCGCGGAAGAAGGGAAGACACAUGGGCCGAACCCUGGGGGGAGCCCGCUGGAAGCCCAGAGCAGCCGACGGUGCCCCCGUUCCCCGCCCGCAGCCGGCUUCGUCACGACCCGCGCUCUCGAAGGGGUUAAGGAUCUUCUUUUCUUCCCUUUCUGUUUCUCUUUUUUAUUUACUUAAUUUUCUCUCCUUUUAUUUCACUUUUUCUUUUCUUUUUUUUUUUUUUUUCUUCUUGACCGAAGAACUGUGCAUUUAGUUUGCGUAAUAUCUUUAUUACUGAAAACUUCAAGGAAUGAAUGCUGAUACUUGUGUUUCUUAUUGUGAUCCGGCUGCCAUGGAUUCCUACUACAACGCAGCCUCCCAGGACACAGAAGGCUCCUCGCCUUUUAGGGCAUUUCAAGCAAGUGACAAGUUCAGCCCUACUUUCCUGGCCAGCAAAGGACAAGGCUUUGGUGACAGCAGCACUAAGUGCCGAAGCCGCUACAGCCAGCAGGAAUGUCAGUCCCUGGAUGGCAGUGUGCAGGCUGCCGGCUCCGCCGGGGCUCCGGCCUCCUUUAACAAAUACCCUCCGCAGCAACAGCCGCCGCACCUCUACAUGCAGCGAGGCCCCUGCAAAACCCCCCCGGACAGCAACAUCAAGCUGCAAGAGAGCAGCAACCACAACGGAACUCUGCAGGUCUCCUGUUACGGUAAAGACAGCGCUUUGGGAGAGGCUGACCUGCAGCCAAGCUCUGACCCAUCAGCAAUGGACAGCAGCUACCUCAGCGUGAAGGAGGCUGGGGUGAAAGUGCCCCAGGACAGGGCCAGCACAGACCUCCCCAGCCCCAUGGACAAGGCCGACUCAGAGAGCAACAAGGGCAAAAAGCGGAGGAACCGCACCACCUUCACUAGUUACCAGCUGGAGGAGCUGGAGAAGGUCUUCCAGAAAACCCACUAUCCUGAUGUCUAUGCCAGGGAGCAGCUAGCCAUGAGGACAGACCUCACCGAGGCUCGUGUACAGGUUUGGUUUCAGAACCGGCGAGCAAAAUGGCGCAAGAGGGAGCGGUUCGGUCAGAUGCAGCAGGUCCGGACCCACUUCUCCACUGCCUACGAGCUGCCUCUGCUGACCCGUGCUGAGAACUAUGCCCAGAUCCAGAACCCUUCCUGGAUUGGCAACAAUGGAGCUGCCUCCCCCGUGCCUGCCUGUGUCGUCCCCUGCGAGACGGUGCCCUCCUGCAUGUCCCCCCAUGCCCACCCCCACGCGGCCGGUGGUGUCUCCGAGUUCCUCGGCGUCUCCGGCCCUGGCAGCCACGUGGGACAGACUCACAUGGGUGGCCUCUUUGGCACGGCUGGGAUGAGCCCCAGCCUCAAUGGCUACGAGCUGAACAGCGAGCCGGACCGCAAGACCUCCAGCAUCGCUGCCCUGAGGAUGAAAGCAAAGGAGCACAGCGCCGCUAUCUCCUGGGCGACAUGACAGGGCUGCAGCCCAGUGCCCGCCACACGGAGACAGCACAUAGGGACAGCUGAACAAAUCCAUCCGCUCGGACUCCAGACAGCAGUUGCCUCCUCGGGGAUCUGAAUGCAGCACUUUUAGCUACCCUAGGCAUAUAAAGUACAUAUGUUAACGUUAAGUGGAGUGUUUCCAGCAUGAAUGUGGCAGCUCCCGGCUUCCUGGGAUCAGGCAGGGAGAGGGAGGCUGUGGAGCAGCACCUCUUCCAUCAAGACCUGGGAUGAGAUGCAUCCCUCCUCACUGCCACCUCCCCAGCAACCUGGGCAUUUUUUCUCACAGCUGUUUUUCCUGACACCAGAUCUGCCUUUCCAAAGAGCAAGAGCCCACUGACUUUUCAGCAGCUUCUCCCAUCCCACCACCCACCCACCCACACCCUCACACCCACACACAUACUCUCUCUCACACACACAUGUUCUGCCCUGGGCAGGGGACCGGAUGGGAACUCUGGCACCAGCAAAGAGACACCUCUCAUGCUGCUUACGUCAUUUUAGCAGGAGCUAUGACUUCCCACAGGUGAGCAGUAACAGGGCUGGGAAGAUAACCAAAGCUAGAAAGAAGGCAACAUUAGCCCAUCUCCUUCUACCCAGCUCUCUCUCCAUCUUGUAGUCUGAGAUGAAGCACAGAUUUCUAGAAGCCCACGAAGGGGAUACCCUUCUACUCAAUGUGCUAUCAUGCUGAGAGUCUGUGCCAGCCCUCUGGUGACCCAGACAGAGAUGCAUCCCAGCACUCAAUAUCUUCCCAAGCAUGGCUCACUGCCCCAGGGAUCGCCUGGGCUUUGCUUUGCCUGGCUGUGGUUUAUGAUGGGGCUCAUGUGCAUGGUGGGACAGCAAAAGGUUUCCUCCAGCUUUCACUGGGUCAGCAGUCACUAACCUCAAUGUGGAGACGGUAGUUAAAGCAGGGAAGCAGAGUUGCUGUGUCAAUCUACAGGUCCCCAAAAAGACUGCUCUGAGAAACAGCUCAAGUGCUAACACACAGCCACAGUGGCAUGAGACCAUCAAAUUCCUCAUAUACCUUAUCCGGGGAUCAGAUACAUGCAAUGACAAGCCCUCUCUCAGCCCUCCACUCCUGUGUCUUGCUGCACACAACAGCUGCAGGCAUCUCUGCACAAGGGAUGGCACAGGGAACAGGCUGGGAAGGGAUCCAAAGGUGAAUGAGGUGAUACUGUCCAGUGUCCAGCCACCUUGGAUCCUCUUCACCUUGCAGAGGAAGGAGGAGACACCAGAACUUGCCUGGUUUGUCUAAGCCAAUAUGCCUCCCCAUUUUUCCCUCCCAGUGCUCUUACCUGCACAGCCCUGUUAAGUAAGAUCUCCUUUGCAAGGCUAAACAUUUUACAAAGUUUUUCAGUGCUAGGAAUAAUUUGGGAACAUCCUUUUACCCCACUGAAAUACUACCAAGGAGAAGCUGAAAGUCAGCUGAGCACUAUCACGGCCACAGUGUGGCUACACAGGCUGAGCUUGAACUGGGGCAGCUGUCCUCAAGAUUUGCAAGGGAACUGUAGGAUAUUACUCACAUAAAAAUUGGUGUAUCACCCUGCCCUCUCUCCUCAUGCAUAGUGUUAGGGGAUCUUGUAGUUCAAGGUCCAAGAAUACGCAGUGGUCUUGGAAAAGACUUCAAAUAAGCUACAACCAAAUGUCAGGUUUCAGGUUAACAAGCUAUACAAGUAUUUCCACAGUGUCUAGACUGUCAUUCACUACCUAAAUGAUACACCAUUGCUAGAUCAAAAGUAAUACAUUUAUUGGAAUAUGAAAAGACCAGUAGUAGUCUCUUUUCUCUCCUCAGAAAUGCUGAGGUGCCUUCUCUGAUACGCACAGGGAGCCAGUAUGCAUUUAACCACACCAUCUGUAUGACCAUGGUCUCUCCCAUCCCAAGCAGCCAGGAUUUACAUCCUAACCUAAGCAUUCAGCUGAGACGUUGGGCAUGGUGGGUUGAAUGCUAGAAGUGAUGCUGAUCACUGAAUGGGGCAGGAUCAUGCUGACCAGCUGGAAGUGUACGCCGUCCCCACUGGGUGCCCCAGAAGCCACUGAGGUUCCCCACCACCCAGGGACCAGUGGCAGGAGGCGAUUUCUCCAUCAGAUUUUGUGCAGGCAGCUGAGCGUGGUGUCGAGAGCAUUUUCCCAGGUAUACCAAAGAGCAUGAUGCUUCCCACAGUCAGCAGGCAAUCUGUGAAGGGCCACUGCCCAAACAGCCCAGUACCAUUACUGACUAGGCAAAUUAGCAACUGGGAGAGCUAAGGAGAGGGUGAUGGGGCAGGCAGGCAUACUGGAAUGGGUUUCGUAUGGCCUACAAGUACCAAAGGCAGCUCCAGGAGAGGGCUGUAGUUAUUCAAGAACAUAGCUCAUUCCCUACUGAAGUUAAAGGGUAGCUUUUCCUCCCAGACUUCCACAAGGCCAGGAUUUCAUCCAAGCUCUUUAAUAGCCCAAAGGAUUAAGUGCUGUAUCCCUUUCUUGUUAGAGACUCCUGGCAGCAGACUUAGCAUUUAGAGAGGCUUGGCCUCCACUUUCUCUCACCUUAAAAUCCAUGUGGAAAGCACAUGUUGGACUCGCUCAGUCUAAUUUAAAUGCCACUGCACAUGCCCAGCCCUCAGCCUGCCUGAAAGCAUCACGAGGUGAGGGGGGAUGUUGUGCCUUGGACCCCCCCACCGCAGGGCUCCCUUCUGCCCCCUGCCAUGGGCAGCCCUGCUGCUCACCAGGCUCUGCCCCACCUCUCCAGGUGCUGCUGCUAUUCUGGCGAGCAACCCUGUGGGUCGUGCUGGAAGGCGCACCCCUCACAGAUCUCCAAAAGCGGUUUAUUCUGUCAGUUUUUAAGCUACAUACAUCUGUAUUUACACACAUUUUUAAAAUUUAUUUCAAAGUAUUUUUAAAACUAGCUGUUAAAUUAACAUGAAAAACUGUAUAAAUAUAUAUAUAUACAUACAUACAUAUAUAUAUAUGUGUGUGUGUAUCUUAACCUAGCCGGUCUGCAGCUGCUGCAUUUCUUAAGGGUCACAGGGUCAGUGCUGUUCUUGCAAUCUCCAGUUACCAUGAUGAUACCAUUUUAAUUAUUAUUAUUGUUAUUUUAAUACCUUUCAAUUCUAUUUAUGACUUUCUUCUCUAUUUAUUUCUUAUUUAGUAUUUUACUCCUGUCCACACAUUGAGACGCGAUUCCCUGGUUUGGACUUGCCUUCAAAGCUGCAAGCUUUGUCCCCAGCCACCACCAAAAUGUCUCACAAGCCCCAGCCACUCUGACACCUGCCAUCCUCAUAGUGGCAUCCUCUGUGGAUGCAGCCCAGCUAGCUGGACUCACCCAUCUGCUUUCUCCAUCCUCACGAAGGUAGCAAAGUAUUUCUCCCAAGCAGUCCUGGCCCUGCCUAUGCAGCAGGUACCAUACGUGGAGGCUGGCUUAUGUUGCCCAUGGUUAGAAACUACCAGAGAUGUCCCAGAGCUUUGAGACCAGGAGGAUGGAUGUAAAUAGUGAGAGCAGCACGGGUUCCUAGCACUUGUUUAAAAGUGGUUGGGUACCACUCGCUGCCAAGUACUCAGAGGCUCUUCUUGCCUACAAGCAGUAGUUAAUGCUUUGGUAGCAACUGCAAACCAGUGGUGAACCAGGUUUGGGCUUGCUGGGCCCUGCAGGGUCCAGACUCUAAGGGCUGCUGUGCCUGAACAAGCUCAUGGAGAGGAGCGAGACAAGGGCCAGGUCAGCCCCCCAGCAUGUUGCCUGUUGCCAGCAGUGCCGCCCACCUGUGCUCCUAGCGGGCUCUCCAGCCAGCAGCCAGGCUCCAGCUGCCUGCUCUUGAAUAUGCUACUCAGUUCAGGUCUCACUGCCCCAGCACCUACCAGGGUAGAGCUUAUGGGGAAGAGUACCAAGACAGCAAGAUGAAAAGAGAACCAACCUUGUUCUCCUCUAGAGCCUAUGGCAGAGUGAGUUUACAUCCCUGAUGGAACACAUCUGGCCUGAGCCGUGAGCGUGGGCAGGGUGUUAGGGAAAGGCCAUGUGUAGCGACAGCGUGUCACACGUGAGGUCGCAGAGCUGCAACACACGUGGCUCCCACCUGCCCCAUCAGCCAUGGGCACACAGCACAACCCAGGCCAGGUAUACUUGGUGUGCUGCAGAGCAGUGCUGCCCGCUGGUUUGCUCCAGUAAUGGAGGUGUUUUGGGGUGGGGAGAUGCAUUUCCCUGAUUCCCAGAGCACACUCAGACCGGGCAGCACGUUGUAAAACACUCUCCAAACAAACAAAGGCAAAAAGGUAGUUUCCUGGAAAAGGAUUGAAAAAAUAAUCAAGCAGAGGCAGAGCCCUGUGUUUAUUUUGCUACUCUGACUGACACAGCAAAAAGCAAACAGACCGAGGGAGAAAUUAAACCCAAAUGGGAAGGGAGUGAAAUCAGAUGGAAAGUCAUUCAGUCCUUUGCAGCUUCCCGAAGGGAGCUGGGAAGAGGUGAGGGAGCGGCCUUGCACCCCUUAACUCUUUGCUGGUAACACAGUUCCCCACUCCCCCCACAUAGCUAGGUAGGUAGGUAGAGCUAGGACUUUUAUACUACUGAUUUUGAAGGACAGUUUUCAAUGUAUAAUAAUAUAUCGGUUUAGGUGUGCAGUGUUUGAAAGAGAGACUGGGAGAAAGAAAGAAAACAAACCUCAAUCAAUAUUAUUGUUUUUUUGUUGUAAAAUAUUGUAACCUUGUAUAAACGCAACCUUUUUUUUUUUUUUUUUUCUCUUUAGCUUACCAGCCUGGGGUAGGACAUAUUAAAAAAAAUAAAAAAGUUUUCAAAAAGUCCAGGAAAAAAAAGAAUUUAAAAAAAUCAUUAAAAAUGUUGCCAUGUGAAGUUUGUGCCAUGCAAUGUUAUUGCCUAUGCAACCAUGUAUUACCUGUUCAUUACAGUGGAAUAUUAAAAAAGAACAAACA